AUGAACUCACAAUCAAGCUCACCAACAGCUAAUGGAGGAAGAGAUGAUGCAGUCAUCACAAUUGCAACAACAUUGGACCAAGGAAUCCAGGAAAGAUGGCUUCUGCAUCCAUCAGCAGGAAAAAAAUCUUGCUGCAUCUUCAAGGUACGUCAAUGCCUUGUGGAAAUAAACAAGAAGACUUACCAGCCCCAUAUUGUCUCCUGUGGUCCAUAUCACUAUGGUGAUCAACAUUUGGAGAUGAUACAGCAACAUAAAAGGAGAUUUGUUCGUGAUCUACUUGUUCCAAACGGCCCAACACUUGAUCACUAUCGGCAGGUGGUAGCAGCAAUGGAAGAAGAAAUAAGAGGGUGCUAUUCGGAGACCAUCAGCUUAAGCAGUCAUGUUCUGAUUAUGUUUCCUCAGGGGCAUGCUGGAUAUUGUCAACUAUAA